ACUCAGUUGCCAAUGGGAACCAAAAAUGCCCUCCCCUUCCUUCCUCGGCUCCGGGAUUGUGAGGCCUCGCUCCUGGGAAGCAGCCAGGGCAUAGGUCAGCGGCCGGGGGACAGGAAGACCCACCCUGCGGGGGACGGGCCCUGCGGUGUGGACAUCCAGAGUCCUGUCCGCCUUCCCAGGGGUGCUGCCAGUGCGAGCUUUGCCACCUCCUCCUCCCUGGCAGCUGCCGGUGGGAGUGGGGUGCCAGCGGGGCCCCUCUGCACAGGGAGAAGCUGCUUCAGGAAGACUGGGCUGGGGUCUCCAUCCUCCUGCGCACGGCCAGUGGUCCAGGGCAGCCCGGGGACCACAGAAUGCUGUCUUCCUGAGUCUGGGUCCAGCACGGUGACCCGGGAUCGCUGAGGGUCCACAAUGGCCGCAUCCUCCUUUGCCAGGUGCACCCACACCUGACCCGGAUCCCACGGCCCUCUGCCUUGGUGAUACUGUGAUGGGUGAAACCAUAAAUUACCUGCUCCUAAAUUCCCUGUGAAGCCCCCUGUCACUCUGUGGACUUGGGGACAGGCUCCGCGGACCUUGGUCCUUGCGUCACAGGCCUGGUCUGUGGUCCCAACCCAGUGCUCGUGAGGGAGAAGCAACUGAGCCCUCCUGGGGCCAGAGGUCCCGGUCACACCAUGGAAGCCACGGAUCAGGACAUAGAGGAGUGGAACGAAGUGUUCCAGGAGCUAAUUCAGGAGGUAAAACCGUGGCACACGUGGACGCUGGUGACAGACAAGGACCUUCUUCCCGAUGCCCCGCAGCAGGGCUGGUCGCAGUAUCAGCAGAAGACCUUCGCCAGGUUCCAGUGCUCCUCCUGCGCUCGCAGCUGGGCCUCCGCCCACGUCCAGGUCCUCUUCCACAUGCACUGGAACAGGAAGAAGCACAGGGGCCGCGUGAAGAUGCGGGUCUUCUCCCAGAGGUGCAGGAGGUGUGCACAGCCCAGAUUUGAGGCUGCGGAGUUCACUCUGGAGAACAUCAGGCGGACCCUGACGAACCUGGUGUUCCGCAUCCUGAGGAAGUGCUACAAGGAGGGCUUCGAGGCGAUGGAGGACAUGCCCACGGUCAAGGACACCAGCCUGGAGGGGCCGCACGACAGUCUCAACUGCGAGGCCUGUCUGCAGGGCUUCUGUGCCCAGAGUGGGCUGAGCCUGGCCCCGCAGCGAUCAGGGCUCCCCUCGCUGCCUAGCCCCUCCGAGGACACCAGGGCCACUGCUACCUGCAGCCACCGCCCCUGCUCCCCACCCCCCAAGGUGGACAAGCUCCUUGUGUCAGCAGUGGACUCUAAACUUCCCAAGGCUGACCCCAAAGUCAGCCACGCCUCAAAACCAUCAGCUGCUCCAAGAUAUCCAACCGAAGAGGUGUUGCCCACAUUAGCAGUGACCCCCAAAGUCUCUAAACUUCCCAAAGCUGACCCCAAGGUCAGCCACGCCUCAAAACCAUCAGCUGCUCUAAGAUAUCCAACCGAAGAGGUGUUGCCCACAUUAACAGUGACCCCCAAAGUCUCUAAACUUCCCAAAGCUGACCCCAAAGUCAGCCACGCCUCAAAACCAUUGGAUACUCUAAGAAUUUCAACCGAAGAGGUGUUGUCCACAUUAAUAGUGACCCCCAAAGUCUCUAACCCUCCCAAGGCCGACCCCAAAGUCAGCCACACCUCAAAACCAUCAGCUGCUCUAAGAUAUCCAACCGAAGAGGUGUCGCCCACAUUAACAGUGACCCCCAAAGUCUCUAAACUUCCCAAAGCUGACCCCAAAGUCAGCCAUGCCUCAAAACCAUUGGACACUCUAAGAAUUUCAACCGAAGAGGUGUUGCCCACAUUAAUAGUGACCCCCAAAGUCUCUAAACUUCCCAAAGCUGAUCCCAAAGUCAGCCACGCCUCAAAACCAUCAGCUGCUCCAAGAUAUCCAACCGAAGAGGUGUUGCCCACAUUAGCAGUGACCCCCAAAGUCUCUAAACUUCCCAAAGCUGACCCCAAAGUCAGCCACGGCUCAAAACCAUUGGAUACUCUAAGAAUUUCAACCGAAGAGGUGUUGUCCACAUUAAUAGUGACCCCCAAAGUCUCUUACCCUCCCAAGGCCGACCCCAAAGUCAGCCACGCCUCAAAACCAUCAGCUGCUCCAAGAUAUCCAACCGAAGAGGUGUCGCCCACAUUAACAGUAACCCCCAAAGUCCCUAACCCUCUCAGGGCCGACCCCAAGGUGCGCGACUGGCUGGCCAUUCACAUGCCUUCUCCCACAGACAGCAGAACAGCAGUGGACACAGCCGUUGGGAACCCCAGGGUGAUGUCAAGAGAGCCUUCACCUGCACUGCCCCUGCCUGCUAAUUCCAGAUGGGACAGAGGCCUCUCCUCUUCGAACCAGACCAGGCCCCCCAUUUGCCAGGCGAACACCAGGGUCCCGACGCCCCCACUCCCUGAGUCUUGCGAUUGCAGCCCCCUGCAGAGCUGCACCCCAGUGCAUCUGUGCCUGCGCUGCCCUUGCUGUCUGCUUCUAGUCCUCAUCAUUGGCGUGGUGCUGUGGUACUGGCUCCCCUAGGAGCCUUGAAGCAGGACACCAAGGUGGGAGUCCCAUGCUAUAGCCAGAGACCUUUCCUGGAUAGGAAAGGUCCCGAAAAUCCACAGACCGGAAAUGGGUCCUGAGGCCAGGGAGCUGGAAACCAGCUGCCUGAUCUGUAGUGGGGUCUCGGGAAGGAGACAGCGGUGGCAGCAGCAAAACAGCCAUUGAAAUGCUCAUUUUUAAGUUGUGGUGACUUUCACCUCAGUUAAAAGAAAAACUCCUGCAGUUUUGUUCAUUCUUUUUCAUUUUUUUUGGUACCGAGGAUUGAA